GUGUUAUCCAAAAUAAAUAAUAAUUUCAUCAGCUUCAAAGUUCAAAAUAUGUAUACCUAGAUAAGUAUCUAGGUAUACAUACUAUCUAAGUAGAUAGUAGAUACUUGCACUUUACCACUGCAACUGUGAUUUUAGCUAAGCGCAACGAAAUAAAAAUAUUCCAUUUACUCAUACCAAAUAGAUUCUAAAGGAUGUCUUCCAACACCGAUCAGGAGAGUACCAGCACAGAUCAAUUAGUGGAUGAUAAAUUAAUUAAUUUGACGCCAGUGGAUAUACAACAAGAGUAUUUUGAAAAUUUAGAUAGUUGCGACUGGGUUAAGUAUGAGCUUCAUAAUAAAGGACAUUUAAUAAAAAACAUAGCAUUUGCAUUGUUUGGAGCACCAAGUGACACAGAAGAUUUGUUACUAAUAUCUAAUGAUGAGGAAGAAAAUAACUUGGCAGGGUAUACAUCCAGACAAAAGGAGCAAGUUAUGAAUGUGUACGAGCAGAUCUAUGAUCAAAGAAAAUAUUCAAAGAAUAAUGAGGAUAUUGUCAUGUCAAUAUUACUGAUAGUCUGUGUGAGGCCUAAACCACUACCAUUUUACAAAUUAUCACCCUCAGAUUAUUGGGUAGACUUACACAAGAGAAAUGAUGUUGAUAUUUGGUGUACAGCUGUUUUUCGAGUGAGAAAAUGUACUCCAACAACAAGUGACGCCACAUGUUGUAAAGUGUUCAUUGAUGAUAAUGCGAGAGUGUAUCAAGAUUGGCAGUCAUUCUUGACAAAUAAUACUUUUCCGAAAUGUGUAAUAGUUGCACCUGAGAAUGGUGAAUAUAAAGGAAUGCUAGUUGAGGGAACUGAAGAGUUUGUUGUGAAACUUACUGUGAGCCCGUCUGCUUCUUUAGGCCUAUCAGCUGUAGUGCUAAGCUCAGCAGACACAAUGAGUACUAUGGCUUCGAUUGGAGCUCUUGGGGUGCUCGGUGCCUCUGUAUUCACCCCAGUAGGCCCCAUAUUGUUAGGUGGAGCUGCAGUUGCAACAGUUGGUAGUGCAGUAUAUGGUAUUGUACGUUCUUCAAUGCAUCUUCAUGAUCGUCGAAUUCAUAAACAGAGUAUAAGUCCGUUGAAGGCUGAAGCACGUGGUAGUUGGUUGAACAUAGCAGGUUCCAGUAUCGGUCUCGGUGCGGGUGCUGCUUCCAGUCUUCUAGCUAAGUCUGCUGCUGCAGGCACUAACCUAACUACGGUUGGCAAAGCUCUUACGGCGUCUGUUGAAAUUCUACGACAUGCAAACCUGUUAACUGGAAGCAUGGGUGUUAUUAAUAGUAUUGUACACUUCGCUACAAAUUACAAUAAACAUGGCGAGAAACCCACGAAACUUGAGCUGCUCCAGUUCUCAACGGCCACUUUAUUCUUCUUUCAAGCUGCGAUUUUGAAUCGGACAGCACAAAACAUUAUCGAAGAUGCACAAACGAAAACCAUAAACGAGUAUCGGGCUUCGCUUAGGAGCAACAGACACAGGAAAAUAUUUGACAAACUAAGCGCUGAAUCUCGACGAGUACAAGGCUCGAUACAGGGCAAUACUGAAGUUAUAAAGGGUAUAAAAAUAAUCAGUAACAAGGAUCAGUUCUUCAGCAGUGUUCUGAGAAUCAACAAAGACGUGAACGAGCAUAAGUUGAGAAUAUCUAUGACAUCUGACGGUCGGGUCAAUUUAAACCAAGCGUACAAAAUUGAUCCCGCGGAUUUGACUACCUUGAGUAAGGAAGGUAGAGCCGAGCUUUUCUCGACUGUUCCAUCGUCUCCAGUUAAUGCGCCAAAUGUCCCGACUAAACUAACUCCUCAGGCAGCAGGUAACAUUUACAACGCAGAGGAAGAGAACAAGAGAGGGGACAAUAUAUUUGUAGGAAUACGUCCAGAAGAGGUUUUGAGGAUCGGCUUGCAUUUGGUACGUGUUAGUGCGUCGGGGGCUAAGUCUGUGGCGUCCCUCUUGGAAGAUCUCAGUCAAGAAGCCCACGCAAAUGUCAUGACGGUCGUGCUUAAUUUAAUCUCAAAGUUAAUACCGGAAGAAAUAGCGAAAUUGAGGCUUCUUAGUCCUGAUGAAGAUCUUAUAACACAAGUGGUUAAAUUUAUGUUACAUUAUUUAAAAAAUAAAAGGCCUUUUGGAUCGCCGUGUGCACAUAAUGAUAACAGCCUAGUGAUUGUGUUAGCGGAGUUCUUUCAAGACGGUUUGGUAAAACAGGAGACAAUACUGAUAUUGAAGGACCGUUUGCUACGUUGGAUAGAUUCGGAAUUAGAACGAUAUAGAAAAUGUUUUCCAAACAAGGAAAUAAUGAUAUGUGAGGCGUGCAACGGGCUGCGUUACAAAUACUGAUCAUGUACUAAUGUCAAAUACUAGAUGCCUGCGGGCCAAUUAUAUGUGUGAAAUGAAUUUGAAUAUAUUUUCACAUUUGAGAAUGUGUGAAACUUAAAUAUUAUAUAUCUGCCAUCACAAAACAUUAUAGAAUACUAAAUUAGACGCUCUUUGAAGACACUUUCGCGCUAAUUGUUGGUACAGCUUGGACUUACAACACAGACAUUAUUUCGUACUAAAUGUGUUAAUAAGUUCCGACGGAGAUCCACCUCCGGACUAGCCACACACAUAGUAGCCGUGACGUGCCGAACUUUGCGGCAUUAAAUUUUAAAUCUCAGUUAUAGUAGUCAAAAUAAAAACUAGAUCAUCGGAGGGGAUCGUCACCUACCAACAAAUAUUUCGCGUGCUGAUCCGUUGCUGUCUUCUAAUUAAGAACUGUUUCCGGUCUCUGUUCUAAUCCCAAGCUAGGGAAUUUCACUACACGGACAUGCCCACAGGCAAGUUUACAGACAUGCUCGACGGGCGUCGCUACUAUAGGUCAGUGCAAUGUUUACUAGCGUAGGGCCGUUGCAGUAAGUCUGGCAGAUAUGACUGUUGCACGUCCGUGCGAACUCGUUUUGUCUGUGGAGGCACGGACAUGUCUGUACGUAUGUGGUAUAACAUUACUGAUCUGAACAAACAUAACUGAUGAUGAUGGUGAACAUAUGGCGACUGACAUACCCGGCCCAACUGCUCGUAGGCAUGUCCGUGCAGUGACUGCCUCGCUUUAACGACCCUUGCUACACCAAAGACGAUAUUCAUAUUAUAAAUUAUUAAGACGCUGUCACUAUUUAGUAUUAAUAUAGUCGCAGGCACCGAGUUUUGAUAUUAGGAUCUAUACACCUGUUACAAAAGUUGAAUCAUAAAUAGAUCUGUAAAAUCACAGACAUAUCAUUAUAUUUUUAUUAUAAUAAUAAUCGAUAUUUUUAUGAAAUUUUUACAAAUAUUGAAGAAUAUUCGUAAAAAUAUUUAUUUAUCAGGCUUUUAUAAAUGCUGUUUUUUUUAUAAAUUAUCAUCUUAAAGUUACUUAUUAUUUAGAUGAUAUUGGCGAUUUAGUAACAUGGGCCUUUGUAUACGUUUAAUAUUGCCUUUUAUUAGAUAAUAGUUUACUAAAAAUAGUUACGCACUAUUUUAAAAAUAGUGCACAUGAGUUGAACUCAUUGUGAUUGCGCGUACUUCAAAAUUCCAGAGAGGCCAUCUAGAUUGCCUAAAACUAUGUGAUAAGAUUUACACUUUUUCAUGUAUAAUGUUGCUAUAUAUAUUUGAAAUUCUAUUUUGAAAACUGUUUACAAGCUUAAGUAUUGUAAAAUGUAUUUUUUUAAUAUGUUUGCAUAUACUUUUCUUCCAAAAAGUAUACGCAAACAAAUUACAACUUCGUAAUGAUGUAACAACUAGGCCGAAACUGUCAUAUAUGUUACAUUCGUUUGAUAUUGUAUAUUUUGACGAAAAAUAAAACCAAUUUAUACAGUAUGGCUGGUGAGACACUAACGACAUUUAAGCAGAGUACACGGUCCGCGAUUCUCAUUCUAAUUGUGUAGUAAAAUUAGGGAUCUAUUCAACAAAUUUUGCUAUAAAUAAAUGAAGUGUGGAAACAUCACCGCUUUUAAGCGCAAGCGCCAACAGGUCCGUGUACCCGCCUUUCCGAUUUCUACGUCCAAGCCCUGCAAUUUGCGUUUAACCGUGUAUCGUUAAGCAAACGUUGUGUAAUUUUGGUUUUGUUCGUCGUAUCAUAAUAUUAUACAAGCUCACAAGUUUUAUUAACUGUACGAUAUAAAAUACGUGCCGUUGAGAAGAGGCCUUACAGUAUGUUUUGAUAUCAGAUCAGGGAUCCUGAUAUCACAAUUAUACAAAACACAAAUCUAAAAAUACUAUUUACGAUUUAGGAACAUAUUUUAUAAAAGAAUGUUACAAAAUUCACUUAUAAAGAAAGUAUAUAAUAUAUGAAUUACUUUAUUACGUAAAUAUUUAAGUGUUUGCUAAGUAAGUAAAAUACUUAAAAAGAGUAGGUAAACACACACGAGGUGAACCAUUAAAAAAAAACAACCAGUUACUUAUAUUUCAAAUUCAUGCCGCGGUCUUAUGAGACUCAAUAGCAUUACGAAUAAAGUAGCGUACUUGCCUUGGUGUCAACCUCGUGCAAUGCGUAAUGACAGUAAUUGUUAGAUAUGAGAAAUCCAUUGAGUCGAUUACAUAAUAUUAUCUCAAUUAUUUAAAAAAAAAUAGGUGGUAUAUAUUGGUAUUCAUUUUUAUUACGAGCCUUGAAAAUAAAGAUAGAUCUAUCUUUCACUAUUUUAAGGGAUUCUGGAAAUUGCCCUUCAUUUAAGCAUGUAUUAAUGUAUGCAUGUCGCGAAGUGGAACUCGUUGAAUUAAGUAUAUGUGAAGAUUUUUUCUUAAUAGCAUGAAUAAAAAUAUAAUUAUAUUAUUUGAAUUAAAUAAAGUUGCUUAGUUACAUUGAUUGUUCUUCCCAAUGCGAGCUUCUUGGAUACUUGGAGCGUAUGCAUGCUUAUUUUCGAUGGAAAUAUAAUAUGGACUUAAGUUCUGUAGGUAAACCCUUAUAAUUACCUAAUAGUCUUAAGAAAACCAAUAAAUGAUAUUUCAAAAA